UUGGUCUCGAUAAAGCCCACCAUAACAACGACUAUGCCACACUUGAGAGUUGGGUGGUAGAGCACAUUAUGUUUCCGCGAUACUUUGGGGGCAUAAGUGUUAAAAACAUAAAGUUCGGGGAUGAAUUCUCCCUGAACCAGUAAUCUAGGGAGCAUUAUGUAAUUGUAACAAGGCAGCUUUUGCCCUUUCUGUGUUUCCCGCUUUUAAUAUAUAACGAAAAUAACGGCAACCCCACUCUGUAUUUCUGCUGCUGCUUUCUUCUUCUUCCUUCACACUCUUUCAGCAAACAAUGUAAUAUAUCUGCUUCGCGUAGCUCAUAACUUGUAACUAAGAAAUGGCGUCGACAGUUCCGAAACUGGUGGUGGAAGUGGUGGAGGCCAUCGACCUCCUCCCGAAGGACGGCCACGGCACUUCCAGCCCUUACGUGGUGCUCCACUACUAUGGGCAGAGGCGGCGCACCCAGACCGCCAUCCGGGAUCUCAAUCCCAAGUGGGGUGAGGUCAUGAAGUUCAAAAUCGGGAAGCCGUCCGAGAUCUUCAGCGACGUUCUCGAGGUCAACCUCCACCACGACAAGAACUUCGGCCCCACGAGACGGAACAACUUCCUUGGGAGGAUCACGAUCGGGUCGUCACAGUUCGUGAAGAAGGGGGAGGAGGCCCUCAUCUAUUAUCCACUUCAAAAGAAGGAUAUGUUCUCUUGGGUCAGGGGCGAGAUCGGAUUGAAGAUCUAUUAUGCCGAUGAGGAGGUGGUGCCACUGCCACCUCCACCAGAGCCUCAACCGGCCCCGCCGCCUGCGGCCGAGGCGGCUGCUCCGCCUCCACAAGAGGCUGAGGCAAAGGCACCCGAAGCUGGGCCGUCCCCGACUCCAGCAUCAGCAGCAGAGCCGCUACCGGAAAAUGCUCCACCUGCAGGAGAAGCUCCACCGCCCCAGGCUGCACCACCUUCCGAGGCUGCAGAGGCUCAAUCAGAGAAUGGCCCACCCGAAGGAGAAUCGCCGCCAUCUGAAGCUCCAGCCCCACCAGCUGAUAGGGCUCCGACUGAUGAAGGCGGCAUUCCUCCACCGCCGGUUAUGGAAGAUGCAAGUCAGGGAGAAUCUGAACCGGUGGAAGCUCAAGCGGAGGCUGAGGCGGCCUCCCAGUGGGUCCCGCCACUACAGCCACAGGAGGUGAUGGCAGCGGUAGCAUCGAGGCCGGUUCCUGAGGUCAAGUUUGCAGGGAUCAAUGCUCCUCCUCCGAUGCCGAGGCCGCCAUUGAGCAGAACCUACACGAUGGACUCCAUGGACAGCACCAUCAUCGAAAGGUCGUCAUUCGAUCUAGUCGACAAGAUGCACUAUCUCUUCGUCAAGGUAGUGAAAGCUCGUCAUCUCCCGACCAACGGGAACCCAGUCGUGAAGAUCGUCGUCUCAUCCCACCAUCUCAAGUCGAAACCAGCUAGGAAAUCGUCCUUGUCCUCUUUCUUCGAGUGGGACCAGACCUUUGCCUUCGGCCGGGACGCCCCCGAAUCCUCCUCGAUCCUGGAAGUCUCUGUCUGGGACCCUCCUGGAGGUCCAGUGGACCCGACCCCCGACGUGGUUGGCUACAAUUUCUUUGGAGGGAUCUGCUUCGAUGUGACAGAGAUCCCCCUGCGCGACCCGCCUGACAGCCCACUGGCCCCUCAGUGGUACAGGCUCGAGGGUGGCGGAGCACACCACGGCGACCUGAUGCUAGCCACGUGGGUCGGCACCCAGGCUGACGAAGCAUUCCCGGAUGCUUGGAAGACUGACACUGCCGGCAACGUGAAUGCCCGGGCAAAAGUCUACCAGUCCCCGAAGCUGUGGUAUUUACGAGCCACCGUGCUCGAAGCUCAGGAUCUUAUGCCAUUAACGGCCUUAAAGGAGUCCUCAUUCCAAGUGAAAGCCCAGUUGGGAUUCCAGGUCCAGAAGACGAAAGUCUCCGUCACUCGGGACGGAACUCCGUCGUGGAACGAAGACCUGCUCUUCGUGGCAGCCGAGCCCUUCAGUGAUAACCUAACAUUCACUGUUGAAAACCGGCAACCUCGUGGAUCCGUAAUAGUCGGGGUUGCCAGUAUUCCCCUCACAACCAUCGAGCGGCGCGUCGAUGACCGCAAGGUGGCUUCACGGUGGGUCACAUUCGAGAACCCUCACCGCGAAAAGCGAUUGUAUAAAGGUAGAGUCCACCUGAGGCUGUGCUUCGAUGGAGGAUACCACGUGAUGGAUGAGGCAGCCUAUGUGUGCAGCGACUUCCGUCCCACGGCGAGGCAACUCUGGAAGCCACCAGUCGGAUCAGUGGAGCUCGGAAUUAUUGGAUGCAAGAACUUGCUGCCAAUGAAGAUUGUGAAUGGUAAAGGGACCACGGAUGCGUACUGCGUAGCAAAAUAUGGCCCCAAGUGGGUCCGUACACGGACCGUGUGCGAUACUUUGGAGCCUAAGUGGAAUGAGCAAUACACAUGGAGGGUGUACGACCCGUGCACUGUCUUGAGCAUCGGGGUGUUUGAUAGCGGGGAAGCGUUUGAGACUGACUGCUCAAAAGAUGCUACCCGUCCUGAUAUUCGCAUAGGGAAGGUAAGGGUGCGCAUCUCUACGCUUCAGACCAACAAAGUUUACAGGAAUACAUACCCGCUGCUGACGCUGUCAAAUUCGGGGAUGAAGAAAAUGGGGGAAGUUGAGAUUGCCAUAAGGUUCGUUCGAUUGUCCCCGACCUUGGAUUUCCUUCAUGUGUACUCGCAGCCUCUGCUGCCACCAAUGCACCACAUCAAGCCCCUUGGAGUGAUGCAGACAAUGCUGCGGACUGCAGCAUCGAAGAUCGUGGCUGCUCAUCUGUCAAGAUCAGAGCCGCCUAUUCGUCGAGAAGUGGUUCUUUACAUGCUCGAUGCAGAUUCAGAGGGUUUCAGCAUGAGGAAAGUGAGGGCUAAUUGGUUCCGGAUCAUUAAUGUCAUUGUGGGAAUCACAGAUAUCGUCUGGUGGAUCGAUGAUACUCGCAGGUGGAAGAAACCAACAGCCACGAUCCUCGUGCACACACUGUUCGUGCUUCUGGUAUGGUUUCCUGAUCUGAUCAUCCCCACUAUCGCAUUCUACGUGUUUGUGAUCGGUGCAUGGAAGUACCGGUUUCGAUCACGAGACCCACUGCCCCACUUCUGCCCGAAGAUCUCCUUGGCAGAGUUUGUUGACAGGGAGGAGCUCGAUGAGGAGUUUGAUGUGAUCCCUAGCGCAAGGUCCCCUGAUAUAGUACGGGCCAGGUACGAUAAGCUGCGGUCACUCGGGAUGCGUGUGCAGACAAUGUUGGGGGACUUGGCUGCGCAGGGGGAGAGGGUGCAGGCGUUGGUGACUUGGCGGGAUCCACGGGCGACGGGGAUAUUCAUUGGGCUGUGCUUUUGUGUGGCAAUGAUACUUUACCUUGUGCCAACAAAGAUGGUGGCCAUGGCGUCGGGGUUCUACUACUUCCGGCACCCAAUAUUCCGGGAUAGGAUGCCUUCCCCAGCUUUGAACUUCUUCCGGAGGCUCCCAUCGCUCGCUGAUCGGAUGAUGUAGGAAAAACCGAGUCAAUUAGAAGGCUUUCAGCUUCUUCCAGUGUCGUCUCAUCUUUCUUUUUCUGCAAGUUUCACAUUAAUUGUCAUAUCAUAUGCAGCUUAGUUUAACCAUUUUGCUAAGUAGUAAUAAAUCAAGGAUGCGCA